GAAGUGAAUGAGGCUGAGAGGGUACUUUAGCCACCAAAAACUAAUCAGGCUCUUCUUAUGCUGUGGUGUACAUGUACUUAUGCUCCAGUAAGAUCCAUGAGUUAUUCUUCUCUUCUACCAUGACAGGCUGGUACUUUGGUUUGCUUGUGCUCUUAUGUACAAACAAGUCUAUAUUGAGUUGUGAUUCCAAAUGGUUUGGUCUCGAUUGCCGAUUCAGAUGUCAUUGCACGCGGAAUGAUUGCGAAGCUGACGGCUCCUGUAAAGAAGACGCAAGGUGUGACACGGGUUGGUUUGGCCACAAAUGCCAGUACAUUGAUAUAAUGCAGUCAGCCAAAGUCAUCAAACCAGCAGCGUAUAAUACAUAUUACUGGUCUGACGGUAAUGACAAAUCCUGUUACCCUUAUGGAUAUCUCAGGAAUGUCGAACUCCAACUGGACCAACCCUAUCCCUUUAGUUGGAUCAGAAUAGUUGUUGAAAAUGCUAAUGUGCUGACUAAAGUUUUGUUAGGCUUUAAAGUGAAUGACACUUCUCUCCACUGCACUCGGCAAAAGGUGUAUCUAGUGGACAACAAAACUAUUGAUAUCAAGUGUCAAGACUAUAUCGUGACACAAACUGUCCUCCUGGAGGGAGACAUUGUUACAUCUCUAUGUUCGAUCUACAUUAGCGGAGGAAGAAAUGUUGCGAUUAGAGGGAAAACCAACUCUUCAAGUUCCAAUAAUCACCAAAAUGCCGUAGAUGGAAGUAAAGAAAACAAAUUCAGCAAAGGCAGCUGUUCACAUUCUACUACUGGUGACACAAAGCCAAGCUGGGAGCUGUCUUUUAGGGUACCCAUGCUCGUAGACAGAUUUGUUCUUUAUAAUAGAGGUGACUGUUGUAGUAAAAGGCUUCAAAGCUUUCAACUCUCAACAAAAGACUUCUCUGGAGUCAAUCAUUUCCACUACACUGGUCCUAAUGAGACAAAGCUCGUGUAUACAGUUUUACCAGAGAGAAGAUUGGACAUUGACUUCCUUAAAAUUCAAGCCACAUAUGUAGAUAAAGGGGAAGUAAUUCUGUCUUUAUGUGAGGUGGAGGUCUACGGAGAUUGCCCUCCAACAAGGUGGGGGCUUGACUGUGAUCAAGACUGUGAUAGUCGAUGCCCCAACACUUGUCAAGUGAACGUUGGCACUUGUGACACUGGCUGUAUUGGUUACGACAAUCCUCCUUACUGCACACAUAAAUGCCCAAAAGGAAAGUGGGGAUACAACUGUGAAAAUGACUGUCAAGCCAAUUGUUAUGAUAAAUGUUGUGAUAUAUUCUCUGGAUAUUGUGAUCAAGGAUGCUUGGGAUUUACAGAUCCACCUGAUUGUACUAAAGUUUGUAAUUCAGGACAGUAUGGCAAAAAUUGUGCAGAAUCCUGCCCAGCAAACUGCAAAAACACAAGGUGCAAUGCAUCGACUGGUGAAUGCUUUGAGUGUGAUGAUGGCUACGCUGGCAAGUUUUGUGAAGAUUUGUGUCCAGACGGUAGAUGGGGAAGGAACUGUUCUGAAACUUGUGAUAUCAAGUGUUUCCAGGCAUGUCAUUACAAGUCUGGCAAAUGUACCUUUGGAUGUUUGGGUUACUAUGACCCACCAGGAUGCAGAAAGUCCUGUCUGCCAGAAGUCUUUGGCAAGAACUGUAACUCAACCUGUUCAGAAAACUGUGUUGACAAAAAGUGCAAUUCAACUACAGGAGAAUGUUUUGUGUGUAAUAAGGGCUACACAGGAAACACAUGCUCUAGGGAGCAACAAACUGCUGAAUUGAAUGAGAAAAAUGAUACAGCAAUAUAUGUAGGGAUUACUAUCCUACUUAUUCUGCUAAUUAGUAUAAUUAUCAUCAUAAUAGUUGUGAUACGCAGGAAACGGCAGCACACUGAAUCAAGGCCUCUAAGAAUGCAAACAGAAAAAGAAACAAGAAUGUCUUUUGUAAAAUACAAAGACAAUGGUGUUGAGCUAGACAAGCAAGUAAAUACAGAUAUGGAUGCUACAUACCAGAACCAGGAUACCUAUCUUUCAAAAAACACAUCUAUACCAUUGUAUAGCCUUUAUAAUUUCAUUGCAAGUCAUUGCACAGAUUUUUAUAAAACACAAUUUCAGUCAGUACCUACUGCUACAGCUGUUUCUUUGCAAUCUGGACAGAAUCAAGAAAACAAAAACAAAAAUCGUUAUAAAAAUAUUUGUCCUUAUGAACACAAUCGUGUGAAAUUAAAAAUAAACACUUCAAAGUCUGAAAGUGACUACAUAAAUGCCUCAUAUGUAAAUGGCUUUAGCUGUACAGAAAUCUUUAUCGCUGCUCAAGGCCCUCAUAAAGCUAUACUAACUGACUUUAUUAGAAUGUUGUGGGAACAUUCUGUUGAGAAAGUUGUUAUGUUGACACAGCUAGCUGAAAAUGGGAAGAUGAAGUGUGAGCAGUACUGGCCAGACGAUGGGAGUAUUAGAUUUGGGGAUAUCAAAGUAACACUCAUGUCUACACAAAACUUUGCUGACUUCACUAUUAGAAGUAUUCAAUUGUCUAAGAAAGGAGACAAUAGACUUGCAUUAACUCACUACCACUAUUUGGGAUGGCCUGAUAAAGGUGUGCCUCAAAAUCCUUGGAGUUUAGCACAAUUUCAUCAUAUUGUUUCCAUGACACCAACAGCUAAACCAAUCCUUGUCCAUUGCAGUGCAGGUGCUGGAAGAACAGGAUGUUACAUAGCAUUACAUAACAUACUGAGACAAGCUGAGAUGACUGGGUCUGUUGACUUCUUGCAGACCUUAAUUAAACUAAGACAAGAUAGGAUGUUUAUGAUACAAACAGCUGAGCAGUAUGAGUUUUUGCACAUUAUCACUUUAGUGGCUUAUACUUGUUUGGAACGAUAUUGUACAGCCCUUCAGUUUAGUGACACAUUUAAACUAAUACAAGAACAAACAGGACAAGAAAGAAUCAAGAUGGAAUGGGUGACAUUGGACAAGAUGAGUAAAUACUUCAAUCAGAAGAGUGAGACAACAGAUAAUCAAAUAGUGGAAGCAGAUGUGUAUCAAAAUGUUCAAAAAGCUUCUGAUGAUUCCAAGAACAGAUUUUCUUCAAUAAUUCCAAAAGACCAAUACAGACCCUUUCUCAGACAGGAGACAGGUGACGAUAGUGAUUACAUCAAUGCUGUACUUGUACCUAGUUUUAAAAGAAGAAAUCAAUACAUUUUAACCCAACUUCCCCUGCCAAAGACAGUCAUCGAUUUUUGGCGGCUAGUUGUUCAAUAUAAAAUUUCCCUAAUCGUGGCUUUUCAAGUGAAUGAAAUGAAUACUGAUGUGACAAUGGGCAAAUACCUUCCAAAUGACAUAUCAAUAAAAUGCUCUGCUUAUGAGGUAGAGAAUGUCUCUUCUAGAAGAACACAACUUUGGGAAGAACAGAUCUUACAAAUAAAAGUUAAACAGAAGUCAUUUAUGCCAGAGACUCAAAAUGUUAUUCAUUUGAAAUGUCUGAUCUCUGAUCUCAAAGACUGUAAUAGGAUGUCAUCAUUUAUCAAACAAAUCAAGUCAUUUACUUCUUCUGAAGGCCGAGUUAUAUUUAUGUGUAGAGAUGGUGCUACCUAUAGCGGAAUGGCAUGUGUAUUAAAUAUAUUGAUGGAUUGCCUUGAUCAAAUGUCCUGGUUCACAAUUCCUGGUGUUGUGGGAACAGUCAAAACCAUAAGACCUGAGGUCAUUCCAUCCUUGGAUGAUUAUCUUCUGCUACACAAGAUUCUUCACCACUACAUUGAACUGUCUUCCCACUACAACACUGUUGAAUAUGAGUUCCAGUCUCCCUGUUCAAGCCAAGAGAAUUUACUUCAAGCUGGAGAUAGAAUAAGUGAUGACAUUUAUGCUAAUUUAUAAAAAAAAAAAUUGUUUUGGAGACAUAUCUUAUGCUUUCUAGGAUAUAGAUAUGUAAAAUUUUAAGUAUAGCACUAUAUUUAAUUUAAAUGAUUUUAGGUUCACAUAAAAGGAUCAUAUAAUGUGCUUUAGUUUCUCUGUCCCCAGUAGUUUCAUGAUUGUCAUUUAUCUAACGAUCACUUACUAUGCCUACCUUUUAAUUUGAUUGACUCUAUGAGUACAUUGUUUGAAACAUUUUUGUAUGAAGUUCAAAAAAAUAAUAAAAGAAUUAAAAAUUUUUUUUUUUUAAGAUGUAAGAUUGAAAUCAUCACUUUUUCAACAUGUUUUGUCAAUAUUUUAUUUUUAAAGUCAAAAAUAAAAUAAAAGUAAUUUUCUGUCUACUAA